AUGACUCAUGCCGUGUGCGUGUGCACGCGUGCGAGUGUUUGUGAGCGGGCGUGGGUGUGUGUGCGCAGUGUGUUUAAAAACACGCAGCUCGGCGCUCCCGGUCAGUGCGGCAUCUCGGAAUUCUGGAAUUCCGACCUGGACGUUUGUGUGCCGUGCGCGUCGUGCAAGCAGUACCCCAAGACGCCGUCGUGCAACACAUGCAAACUGGUGGAGGAGUCGUCGGACGUGUGGAAGCUGGCGGCCAUCAGCAGCUUCUCGGUGCUGGCCGUGGUGCUGGUGGGCGCCGCCCUCAUCAUCGGGGUCAUGCUGCACCGGCGCAAGUCGCACAAACUUCCUCUACGAGAACCGAUUGAAGAAACUGCAGGGCCACUUUAUCAAGCUUAAACCUUUCACCUCGUCUUCCUCUGGAAUCAAACCCACGUGACAGACCCGAGCGAGCGGCGACCGCCGGCUCCCCGCGAUGCCCGGACCGGCCCGACCUGACCCGACCCGGGGAGCCUCCCGCCCGGACCGUCCACUGUGCACUCUGACUGACCCGAGCCACCGCAGGCUUUCUCCUGACAACACGGACACACUAUUUUUUUGUUUUGUUUUGAUGGAAACGUAUUUCAAAGUGUAGGAAUAGCGACGACGUGCUAGGGUGAUUUUGUAUGCCCCCCCCCCCCCCCCCCCGGAAAAACGAACAUUCGAAGCCUCGAAAGAGUGGCCCGUGCGGGGCCGUUACGCGAUCACGAAUGUUCCGACGAAUGGAUGUAAAGUACGACGAGGUGAGCGAUCGGGUCAUCGGGCGACGGGGCGGGCGGGAGGUCCGUUUUGAAUGUAGCUACUGUUUAGGUGAAAGUUCUUCUCUCGAGACAAUCGUGCACUGUUACUGACAAAAAACGCACACGACGUACGCAACGUCGGAGGCCAGCGAGGAAACCGCGACGUCCUCCGCUUCGGAGGCGAGGGCGGACCCAAGAUAACAUCAAAAAAGAUUUUUGGGGCCACACUGAUAGGGAAUUUUGAUGUUGUUUUUUUUUAACUGUGAAAAUAUUUGACAACAAAGAAAAAGAAAGCAAACAAUUAUAAUAAUAUAAUUUUACCAGAACAAAAGUUUUGAAUUAGUCAAGUCAUUUGUGGAACUCAAUUACCAGAUAGAAAAAAAAAAAAAAAGGGGGGGGGGACAAUGGAAAAAAAAUAAUCUCAAAUCUACUUUUGUUUGCCAUCUAAAUUGUUUAUGUAGAAUUUUUUUUUUUAAUGUGCAAGUGUGGCCCUAAUUCUCCUCUGUUGUUAGUCUUCGACUCACUUUUUUGUUUUUCUGUUUUCGACUUCACACGAAAAGACAUUCUUGAAAAAGAUGAAUAGACGGAUAGAAAAAGUCUACACACCCGCGCGCAAAUGUUAAGGUUUUUCUGUGAGACCAAUUUCAAUAAUUUCAAAACAUUUCCCCACAUACACGUGACCUAUAAUUGCACGGAUAAAGCUCAGACGUUCCAGUAGGCUUUUUUUUUUUUUUUUUUUUUGUGCGCGGGUGUGUGUAGACUUUUUGUACCCACUCAAUUCCAACUUUCCUCUUUCAAAGGCGCAACUUGUCUUGUUUCUUUCUUAACGUGACCUUGACCCUCUUUGAUUUUCACUUUUUCUUUCUGUUGUAGUCACUAAAAGAUGUUCAGACAAACACUAUAUGAAGAAUGCUAAAAAUAUAUAUAGAUAUAUAUAUUUCAGUGCGCAAAUUUGUAAUGUUAGGUUGUGAGUUACAAUCACAUUUUCAAUCUUCCAGUGAUUUAUUUUUUGUUUUGUUUUUAAUUUAAAACUUCUACCAGGCCAUCUCGUGAUUUGAUACUAACACUUUUCUAACGACAAUCUGUGCUCUUUUUUUCUAAAAUGUACAGUAUGUAAAUGUUGUGUACAUGCACUGGCUUCUUUUGACCUUAUUGCUUUGACUACCGAGAUGUAUUUUCACAAUAAAACGUUUUGAGG